AUGGCACCACAGUUCCCCAUCCUUAUCAAGAGGAACAUCCACUUCCCCUGCUUCGGCUUCUCCAAGGAUGUCCAUGUGGAAGAGAUCAAUGUGGGGCCUAGGGAUGGAGCAAGUAGACCAGGUGGGGUGGUCAUCAGCUGGAACUGUAACCUGGGCCUGCCUGAAACCGACUACAACCCCCACUACUCCUUCCACCGCCCCGAUCCCAAGACCACUGUCCCAGGCAGUGGCACUUGCAGUCCUGCAUCCUCCUCCUGCCCUCCCUGGAGGUCUGCGAAGUAUUACAAAUGGAACGGGACCCACACACGAGUGUUGAUCAAGGCCUGUGGGAUCCAUAUUGAUGUCAUCGUGCAGGGCCAGGCAGGGAAGUUUAGCCUGAUCCCCACUGUCAUCAACCUGGCCAUGGCUCUGACCUCGCUGGGAAUGGGCUCCUUCCUCUGGGACUGGAUCCUGCUGAGCUGCAUGAACAAGGACCAGGUGUACAGCAGCAGGAAAUUUGAGCAGGCACCACCCUAG